AUGAUUGUUACAUUGUUACAUAAUCUUCAACUGUUGCAAUCGACCCUGAUGUUGGUGAAGAGCGACCCUCAAAUUGAGGUAUUGCGGACGCUCCUUGCCGAAAAGACAGAGCAAGCAGCUAAACAAGAGAAAGAAAUCCAGCAGUUUAGGCUGGACCAAGCCGUCAACCGGAAGAAAAUCGUCGGGUUGACUGCUGAACUAGCCGAAGCUGAAGCUAAGCUUGCGCGACUGAGUCGCAUAAAGGUCAAGGAAGAACCAAGGACACUUGAGAUUAUUGAGGUUGACGACUCGGAUGAGGAAAGUAAGAACUCUCUAGAUGUGUCAGUGGCUCUCGGGGAGCUGCCUCUGCGUAUAGCGUCCCCAGUCUUCCUUCAACAUGAACCAUCCGACCCUGAGGAAGGAUUCUCAACCCCGACAAACCGGAAACGAAGACGUAAACCACAGGAAGUGGCGGUUAAAGAAGAGCCCCAAGAUACCGUCGUGGAUGUGGUGUUCAAAACAGAAAGCGCGACCGAAGUCAGACACGUUAUAUUGACCAAAAAUGAAGACGGCUUCGAUAUAUUCAGGGUUGACACCUUUGGGGCGCGUGCUCCAAUCGCAGUCCCUAAACGAUUUUACCGUGCUUUCAGCCGCAAGCAAAUCAAAGACGUUUUCGGAGGGUGUUUACAAGUCACUCGGCACCAUUGGACCAAGGAUCCAACGCACCGGCGAAAGGAGAACUUCUCAUCUAAUACCCAGCCCUUCGCAACCUAUAAUCGCAAAUGGAGUCACUCGCUGCCAGCACACCCCGGCGCCCAUGGAAUCGGCAUUUGCAAUUUACUCGACUGUCCGACCAACCCAGAACCCAUCCCGUUGUUUGUCGGUGAGGGCCCAAGUGAAUGGUGUCUCAUGGGCCUCUACGUGUACCAGCAAUGUGGAGAAGUUGCACAACAACAUCUCGACCGACUUCCAGCCCACGUUCUGAAAGCAUGGAUCGACGGCUUCGUGACUAAACGAUGGGGGGACAAUGAAAUCAAACAGAAAAACAUGGAACUCCCUGCGGACCGAAAGAUCAUCCGGAAUUACCAUGGUGUCCUCGCCGCGUUGAAAGAUGGCCGCCUCGUACUAAACUUCACCAUUCUCGAGUGCGUAGGAUACCCUUAUGACUGGUUUGAGCACUUGGAGGAGUAUGAGGCACAGAUGAAGAAGAAGGACGCAAGAGGCGCACCAAAGAGGAAGCGGGAUGAAGUAGAGGAAAGAGACUCCGACUGCGAGUCAGAAGAAAGUGACCUGGGAUUCUCCCGAACUGUCCUCAGGACCUCGCCACGAAAAAGACAGAAAUGA